AUGGGUGCGCGAGUGGUGGUGGUGGUGGUUUUAGUGUGGGUGGCCGCGCGGACGCAGGGCAGCCGCAUCGUGGGCGGCGAGGUGGCUGACAUCAGGGACUUCCCUUUCCUCGCGUCGCUGCAGAGGCGCCAGACGGGGCACAGCUGCGUGGCCAACAUCGUCACGUACAGCUGGCUGGUCACCGCGGCGCACUGCGUCUUCUCGGCAGUUCCCAGCUACCCGAGCGAAUACACCGUCCUCGCCGGCGUCACCAACCUCACUUACGAUGACAACAUGAAGCAAGCGCAACGCGGUUGGCCGAACCUGUUCGUGGUGCACCCCCUGGUCCGCGUCGGCGGCACGUAUGACUACGACCUGGCGAUGAUCCGGCUGCAGUCUCCACUGAGGGAGGGCCCCCGCGUCCACACCGUGCCGCUGCCGCACGACGUCAUGUCCUUGAAGAUCCUGCACGCUGAAAACUGCACCGUGGCUGGCUGGGGCAACACCGAGAAGGUUGAGGCGCGCCGGAAAGACCGGACGCUGAUGAAGGUGGACCUGCAGCUGGUGGACACGGAAGAGUGUUCGGAGACGCUGCAUCGCCACCUGCGCGAGAACACCCACAUCUGCACGUACACCAUCGACAAGGACGCCUGCCAGGGGGACUCGGGCGCCGCGCUCCUGUGCCACGGGGUCCAGGUGGGCGUGGUGUCGUGGGGCAUGGGCUGCGCCAGCAGGUUCCCGGGCGUGUACGCGCGCCUCGACACGCAGCUGCCGUGGAUGCUGCAGGUGAUCGCCGGCGCGCCGCCGCAGCUGCCCAGCGUCGCACUGUGGGCCGCCUGCUCGCUGGCUGCGGUUCGCCUCUACCUGCCGUGA